ACAUUAUCUAUUAUAAAAUUGAACACACAAAGUGUGAAUAAUAGUUUAGGGGAAAAAUGGGAGUAGACGUGUAACACAUGGAUAAAUAUAAUAAAAAGACAAAAGCACAACAACCCAAAUUUUUGACUAAAGAAUGACAAUAAAAAGACAAAAGCACAACAACCCAAAUACUAUGAACCUGAAACAAAAAACUCAAAACAUGAUGAUGGUUUCCAGUAAAAUCUUCUCUUUACUUCAGUUUUUCGCUCUUUUAAAUCUCUUUACAGUUACUUUUGCUUCGACUGAGGAAGCAACUGCCCUCUUGAAAUGGAAAGCAACUUUCAAGAACCAGGAUAAUUCCUUAUUGGCUUCAUGGACGCAAAGUUCUAAUGCAUGCAGGGACUGGUAUGGAGUUAUAUGCUUUAAUGGUAGGGUAAAAACGUUGAAUAUUACAAAUUGCGGUGUCAUUGGUACACUCUAUGCUUUUCCGUUUUCAUCUCUCCCUUUUCUUGAGAAUCUUAAUCUUAGCAACAACAAUAUCUCUGGCACCAUUCCACCUGAGAUUGGUAAUCUCACUAAUCUUGUCUAUCUUGACUUGAACAACAAUCAGAUUUCAGGAACAAUCCCACCACAAACCGGUUCACUAUCAAAGCUUCAGAUCCUCCGUAUAUUUGGCAACCAUUUAAAGGGCUCUAUUCCUGAAGAAAUAGGUUACCUAAGGUCUCUUACCGAUCUAUCUUUGAGUACUAACUUUCUUAACGGUUCUAUUCCUGCUUCGUUGGGGAAUUUAAACAACUUGUCUUUUUUGUCUCUUUAUGAUAAUCAACUUUCUGGCUCUAUUCCUGAAGAAAUAGGUUACCUAAGGUCUCUUACCGAUCUAUAUUUGAGUACUAACUUUCUUAACGGUUCUAUUCCUGCUUCGUUGGGGAAUUUAAACAACUUGUCUUUUUUGUCACUUUAUGAUAAUCAACUUUCUGGCUCUAUUCCUGAAGAAAUAGGUUACCUAAGGUCUCUUACCGAUCUAUAUUUGAGUACUAACUUUCUUAACGGUUCUAUUCCUGCUUCAUUGGGGAAGUUAAACAACUUGUCUUUUUUGUCUCUUUAUGAUAAUAAACUUUCUGGCUCUAUUCCUGACGAAAUAGGUUACCUAACUUCUCUUACCGAUUUAUAUUUGAAUAAUAACUUUCUAAACGGUUCUAUUCCUGCUUCACUGUGGAAUUUGAAGAACUUGUCUUUUUUGUCUCUUAGUGAAAAUCAACUUUCGGGCUCUAUUCCUCAAGAAAUAGGCUACCUAAGGUCUCUUACUAACCUUCAUCUAAAUAAUAACUUUCUUAAUGGUUCAAUUCCUCCUGAAAUAGGUAACCUAUGGUCUCUUAGUAUCAUAGAUUUGAGUAUUAACUCCCUUAAGGGUUCUAUUCCUGCUUCAUUGGGGAAUUUGAGAAAUGUGCAAAGUAUGUUUCUUGAUGAAAACAAUCUCACCGAGGAAAUUCCUUUAUCUGUGUGCAAUUUGACAUCACUCAAAAUUUUGUACUUGCGGAGAAACAACUUGAAGGGAAAAGUUCCGCAAUGUUUGGGUAAUAUCAGUGGCCUCCAGGUUUUGACGAUGUCACGUAAUAACCUUAGUGGAGUGAUCCCUUCAUCUAUUUCCAAUUUAAGAUCACUACAAAUACUGGAUUUGGGAAGAAAUAGUCUGGAGGGAGCAAUACCACAAUGUUUUGGCAAUAUUAAUACCCUUCAGGUUUUUGAUGUGCAGAACAACAAACUUUCUGGGACUCUUUCAACAAAUUUUAGCAUUGGAAGUUCACUUAUAAGUCUGAAUUUGCAUGGCAAUGAACUAGAGGGGGAAAUCCCUCGAUCUUUGGCCAAUUGCAAAAAGUUGCAAGUUCUUGAUCUAGGAAAUAAUCAUCUCAAUGACACAUUCCCCAUGUGGUUGGGAACUUUGCUAGAGUUGAGAGUUUUAAGAUUGACGUCGAAUAAACUCUAUGGACCCAUAAGAUCUUCAGGGGCUGAAAUCAUGUUUCCUGAUCUUCGAACCAUAGAUCUCUCUAACAAUGCCUUCUCGAAAGACUUACCAACGAGUUUGUUUCAACACUUAGAAGGCAUGAGGACAAUUGAUAAAACAAUGAAGGUACCAAGUUAUGAAGGAUAUGGAGACUACCAAGACUCGAUAGUUGUUGUAUCAAAGGGAUUGAAGCUUGAAGUUGUGAGAAUUUUGUCUUUGUACACAGUUAUCGAUCUUUCAAACAACAAAUUUGAAGGACAUAUUCCUAGUGUUCUAGGAGAUCUCAUUGCUCUUCGGGUGUUGAAUAUGUCUCACAAUGGAUUGAAAGGUCAUAUACCACCAUCGCUUGGAAGUUUAUCUGUAGUGGAAUCAUUAGACCUUUCGUUUAACCAGCUUUCAGGAGAAAUACCACAACAACUUGCUUCUCUUACGUCUCUUGGAUUCUUAAAUCUCUCCCACAAUUAUCUCCAAGGAUGCAUCCCUCAAGGGCCUCAAUUUCGUACCUUUGAGAACAAUUCAUAUGAAGGUAAUGAUGGAUUACGUGGAUAUCCAGUUUCAAAAGGUUGUGGCAAUGAUCCUGUGCCAGAUACAAACUAUACAGUAUCUGCUCUAGACGAUCAAGAAAGCAAUUCAGAAUUUCUCAAUGAUUUUUGGAAAGCUGCUCUGAUGGGCUAUGGCAGUGGACUAUGUAUUGGAUUAUCCAUAAUGUAUUUCAUGAUCUCAACUGGAAAUCCGAUAUGGCUUGCAAGAAUCAUUGAUGAAAUGGAACACAAAAUUAACACGCGAAGGAGAAAGAAGCAGCAAGGUCAAAGGAAUCACAGAAGAAGAAAUAAUCAUUUCUAGACAAGUUACCAAUAGCGAAAAAGGAUCUGAUUUCCGAACUUCAGAUUUUCAAAUGCCAAGAAUAAGAACGCAUUGGCGUAAUGGAUUUGGUUCUUCCUACAGCAUAUGAUGUUGGAUUUGAUUUUUAGUUUCUUUUAAACUUGGAAAAUGUAAUGUUAUGAAUUUUGACAAUGUAUAAAGUUUAUGCAAGGCGAAGUGUUAAAACA